GAAGUGUUUCGAAAAAGAUGGUCGCGACAUUUGUGUCAAAAGCGGGUCAUAUUGCAACAAUCCCUCUUAAUCAUCAAAGAACUGUUACUGCGGAUUGGUAUACCACCAUUUGUUUGCCAAAAGUCAUCACCGAGCUUCGAAAAAUCAACCCCCAAAGAAGAAUCAUCCUCCACACAGCCCAAAAAACAAGGCACUAUUUAACGCAAGAAAACGUAGAAUUAUUGGACCAUCCUCCAUAAAGUCCCGAUCUAAGUCCUAACGAUUUCUUUACUUUCCCGAAAAUUAAUAACAGACUGCGUGGUCAAGGGUUCCAGUCAGCAGAAGAAGCUGUUGACGCAUUCAAAAAUGCCGUUUUGGAUCUGCCAGCAAACGAGUGGAAUAAGUGCUUCGAAAAUUGGUUCGUGCGCAUGCAGAUGUGCAUUAAUCCUCGUG